UUUCAUUUGAUUGUUAGAGUUUGAAACAUUAGUACGCGUAUCAACUAUGGAUCAAUUUGUUAUUAAGAAAUCGAAACCUAAAGAUUCUACCAUAGAAAAUUCUUUAGCACAUAAAAAUGAUCUAAAUAUUAAGACUCCUGAAACCUGUAUACCUUCUUCAUCUUUUACUUCAGUUGAUAUAAGAAUUAAUGACAUAAUAUAUUUUGUUAACCGUGUGUUAUCACAUAGUGAAAUUCAUACAGUUAUAAAUAAUAUAUGGACACCAGAUAUAACGUUUAAGUUUCCCAUACAUAAAAACUUCGAUAAAAAUAAAAAAGGGCAAACGAGCAAAUUUCAAUUUAAUUGGUUAUUAAGAUGGCGAUGGUUAGCAUACUCUGAAAAAGAAGACGGUGCAUUUUGUAAACUUUGUGUUGCUUUUUCCAAAUCUGAAGGUGGAAUAAAUGGCCAGAAACUUGGUGCUUUGGUUAUAAAUAAAUUUGAUAAUUGGAAACACGCUAUAGAAACAUUUACUAAACAUGAUAAACUAAAUUAUCAUAUUAAAAGUGUAAUAGAUACCGAUAAUUUUUCAAAAACGAGGAAUAAUCCAAGCAUAUCCAUUGAAAAUCAAUUAGAUACAGCACGUAGUAAACAAGUAAAUGAAAACAGAAUAAAUAUUUUACCUAUAAUUGAAGUUAUUAUUUUUUGUGGUCGUCAAGAGCUUGCAAUACGAGGACAUUGAGAUUUUGGUAAAAUUAAUGUAGAUACAAUACAAACUUCAAAUGAAGGAAAUUUUAGGGAACUAUUGCGGUAUAGAGCUCGUGGUGAUCUAAAGUUCAAAACAUUUUUUGAAGGUCCAGGUGAACGAAAUAAAUAUAUUAGUCCUACUAGCCAAAAUGCUAUUAUUGAUUGUUGCAACACGGUAAUACUUAAUAAAAUUGUAGCUAAAAUAAAUAAAGCAAAAUGUUUCACUGUCCUCGUUGAUGAAACUGCCGAUGUAUCUGGUAUAGAGCAAGUGUCUUUAUGUGCUAAAUAUGUUGAUGUAGAUGAAUUAGUUGUCAGAAAAGAUUUUUUGCAGUUUGUUCCCACAAACGAUUUAACUGGCAGAGGCUUAGCAACCGUAAUUAUUGAAAAUUUGAAGGCGUUCGGGAUAGAACUUAAGUAUUUACGUGGACAGGGGUACGAUGGGGCUGCAGCUAUGUCUGGACAAUUUAAUGGUGUUAGAUCACAUAUUUCUCAAUUAUAUCCGAUGGCAACUCAUGUACACUGUACAGCACACACCUUAAACUUAGCAGUAUCUAAAUCCUGUACAAUACAACCAAUUAGAAACUGCUUGGGUACGAUUGGAAAAACAUGUGAUUUCUUUGUAUACCCCAAACGAAAAAAUAUACUUUCACAAGCAAUCGAAGAUUUUAAUGGAACAAUUAAUGCAAAAACAUUAAAACGCAACUGUGCUAUAAGAUGGAUCGAACGUUUUCAUUCAGUUCAUGGUUUUAUCGAACUUUUAGAAUGUGUCAUUGAUUCCUUAGACACAAUUAUUAGUUGGUCCGAUGGUGAUACCUCAAGUCAAGCAAAUAAUUUAAAAAAUUCAAUUUUACAAGGAGAGUUUAUCAUAUCACUUUUGGUUUUAUCUAAAAUAUUUGCCAUUGGAUUGCCACUGUCUAAACAAUUCCAAAGCGUUGCUAUUGAUUUAAGAGAAGCUAUGGUUUUAGCUAAUGCGACACUGUCUGAAUUAAAAACAAUUCGAUGUAACGUUGAUGAAUAUUUUCAUGAUAUCUACACAAAAGCAUCUGCUCUAGCUCAGGAGUUGUGUUUUUCAAUAACAUUACCUCGAAUUGCAUGUAAACAAAAAAACAGAGAUAACUAUUCAGUGAAUACACCUGAAGAAUAUUUUAAAAUAACAAUAUUCAUACCCUAUUUAGACUUGUUUAUUAACGAAAUUGAAUCAAGAUUUAUUGAACAUCAGAAAAUAUUAAAAGGAUUUCAAAACUUAUUUCUAAAAACGACAGAAAUGUCAACACUUGAAAAAGAUGAAUUUAUUAGUUUGAUAGAUUUUUAUAAUCAUGAUUUGGCAGAUAACAAUAAAGAUAUUUUGAUAUCUGAGUUAAAACUUUGGCAACGUAAAAUACUUCCAUUAGAUAAACAAUCUACAAAUGCUAUGGAUGCUUUAAUUAUCUGCAAUGACAUGUAUCCAAAUAUAUACAAAUUACUACAAAUAUUAGCAACACUAUCUGUUUCAACAGCUUCAUCCGAAAGGUCUUUUUCGUCAUUGCAGAGAAUUAAAACGUACCUAAGGAAUACAAUGUCAGAGAAAAGAUUAAAUGGAUUGGCAAUGCUGUCCAUUCAUCGUUCAAUAUCAGUGGAUGCAAAGGAAGUGUUGGACGAAUUAUCUACAAACAAACGACGGGUGGAUUUUAUUUUAUGAAUUUCCUAUUAUAAUAAAAAUAAAAAUAAAAAAUAAAAAUAAAAAUAACGUUUAGUUUAACUAAUAACUUGUAAAUGUGA